AUGGAAACAUUAUACCAUCAAACAACUAAGCUAAUACAAGAAACUACAGAUUUAUUUCAUAAAUUAGAGGGAGACCCUUCGGAAAAUAUUGAAAAUGCAAUACAAUCCAAAAUUAAUGCCAUUAGCGCAAAUUGUGAAAAAUUAGAUAUCUUUGUAUUCAAGACUCCAAUCAAUCAAAGAUCUGUGGCAAAAAUGAGGGUCGAUCAAUUAAAAUAUGACAACAAACAUAUACAGGCAUCGCUUCAAAAUGCACAAAACAAAAGGCGCAGACGGGAGCAGGAACUGGCGGACAGGGAACAGUUACUAAGCCGAAGAUUUGGUCACGAUCACACAGCUAUUAACGUCGACUUUUUGGCGCAAGAACAAGUGUCCUUACAGAAUUCACAUCAAAAUGUUGAUGAAAUGCUCCAUACAGGUUCAAACAUUUUGCAGACCCUGAGAUAUAACAGAGAUACGUUAAAAGGUGCCCAUAGAAGAUUAAUAGAUUUGGCAAACACCCUCGGCCUGUCCAAUGCGACGAUUUCGCUAAUAGAACGCAGAGUCACUCAAGACAAAUACGUGUUGUUUGGUGGAAUGGUGGUUACUUUAACUGUGAUCGUUCUUGUAAUAAUGUUUUUGCUUUAG